UCGAUAGCCAGCACCUUCCAUCGCCAAUCUGCAAAUCAGCGCCAAAACUGCGGCGGAAUUGUUUUUAAAUUAAAUUUAAUUUUGGCCUUUUGUGAAAGUAAUUAAAGGUUUCCUAACAUCAUGUCCGGCACCUUGGAUGUUAGGGUUUGCAAGCUCGGUGAAAAGAAUCAAGUAGAUGAGCUGCGUGAGCUCAUCAAGAAGACCACGAUUAAGGAAUUAACCACAGCACUGAAAGCACGGCUGCCGAGGAGUGAUUGCAUCAAUUUUUGGAAUUAUCUUUUGUUGGCGUGUGAUGUGAACAAUGCGGAGACACGUGAGAAACGUUUUGCCUGCGUUCAAUGCUUUCUGGAGGGAUUGCGCACCAUCGAAAUGAGUUACAAGCUAAGCGUCGAUUUGAUUACACGUCUUCAUCAAGAUUUGCCCAGCUUUUCGUCGGACGAGUUAAACUGGAUUCUGGAGCACUGCGUGGAUGAUAUGCGAGCUGGAGACGCCAAAUGUGUCGCCUGGAAGGAUCUCCUGCCAGAGACUCUGCUUGUGCUCAUUACCAAACCUCGUCUUGUCAUCAAUGGCAUUGCUAUGGCCGGCAACGAACUCCGAGAUAGUACCGUGAGGAAUCUCUGCACUAUGCGUUGGCCUUCCUCCAUCCUAACGCCUAUUGCCGACAUGUUUAGCACUCUAAAGUUAAACAAUGGGGAGCGUUUGACAGUUCUUAACAAGUUUUCAGGUGCUUUGCAGGACCUGUCGCCAAUGGAGCUACCAGCUCUGUGCUACCAGCUCUUCUCCAUGUGCCAAAGCGCUACUCAACUCAUCAUUCCAUUGCUGGCAUUGGAAAAGUACUUUUAUCGCAACUACUACAAGCGCUUGUUUUCGGACAUGUCUAGCAAUUCCACAGAUUUUGAUAGUAUUGAUAAUUAUUCGGAUAAGGAGCUGCGCGAGGCGGAGGAGACAGUUCUGCAUCAUUUGAACUAUUGUACCAUGUAUUUGCUGAACGAACAGCAUAUAUCUAUAAUGCUCAGGAACUUUCUUUAUAUGCCCGAUGUAAUACUGACACCGUUUAUGCUCAGCGCAAUUAUCUCGAUGACGUCUGUGAAUCGUGAUCCUGAAUCUGCAAGACCCUCAAGCUGCAUUCUGCUUCCAUUUCUACGCAACGUCAUCAAACACAAUGAGGAUGAGCGUACACUGGCUGAUCACUCUGUUUGGUGUCGCGAUACACUACAACGUCAGCAAGUGGAUUUGCAUCAAGUGUUUACAGUACUCAUCGAUCAGAAUAAGGACGGCAAGGAUGUUAUAACGCCCGGCUUGGUACAUUUAGCAUUUACCCUACUUAAAGCUCAGAACUCGCCAAAACUGAAUACGCUAGCCAUAACAUUUCUGACCAAGUUUAUACGAAGGCGGUUCAUGUUUGGCCAGGGUAUUAUUAAACGUAUUGCCGAAUGGAUGGUUGUAGAUCAGGUGCAAAAUCAGUUCUCGGAAUGUCUUACAAUGCUGAGUGUGGCCGACACUUACACUGUUUCUGAGUGCUUAGAAACUAUUACAGAUGUUAUGGAAGAUUUUCUUUGGCUGCCUGGUGAGCAAUCCAUGCGCAUGAUGAACUUUAUAUUGCCUUUACUCAAACUUUCGAAUCAUGUUCGAGAUGCUUUAAUCGAAGUGCUUCGUAAAGCUAUGACUAAGGACCUUCGAAUUCGUCGAAUGGCGAUCUUUGGCUUCUGUAUGAUUCUUAAGCAGCUGAACAAUAGUAAUUCUGUGCGUCCAUCUCAGAAUGCAAGUAGCUUCUGCACACAGCAUAACAUCUCUGGCUAUUCAAUGAUGACACAAAGCUCAUUAGGUAGUCGAAGCAAUCCGCAGCGAAAUUUCGAUAUGCUCACCUUAGAGAUAAUUGGCAUUCUUCGCAGCUGCUUUGAUCAACAAUUGGAGAUACGUCGUACACUCUACGAGAAUCUCCAACGAGCAGUUGAGCUUAAUGCUAAGCUCGUUCCUCACGUACUUCAGUUUGUUGAUUUUCACUUACGCAGCUUUUUUGACACUCCGCCCGCUGAUCAGGUGGGGGACGAUCUGGAUACACGCUUCAACAUCAACUAUGAGCAGCUAAUUGGUUCUAAUGACGAUUACGCAGAAUUGAAGGAUAAUCUAGGCUGCCUUGUACAAUUUGUUUCCUAUUGCUUGGCAAUUUUUGAACGUGUGCCUUCUGGCUGCGAUGUGCGUGAAAUGCGCAGACUAUUGACGCUUUGCAUCCAGAGAUUGGUGGCCAACAGAUUGUCAUUAGAGGAUACGGUUGCGCCAGCUACACACUUGAAAUGCGCCCGCAUUCAACAAGAGUUGAACCUUAUUGAGGGUUUAAUUUCGCAUUCACUACUCACUUCUAAGCCAAAUAACGAUGAUAUAAAACACGUUCUGCCUCUGUUCAAACAGCAUCAAAAAUUGCUAAAAGGUCUUCACGGCUUGGCAGACUCGUCGAAGAAAUCUCAAAAACAGUCAAAAUUAAAUACGAAUGACAGCAAUUUAACUGUCAAUGUCAGUGUGAGUACAGCUAAACUUAAAGAUAUCUGCAAGCAUCCUGAGAAUAUUUGGGAUCUUAAUAUACUGGAAAGGUUGCUCCAUGUGCUACAUGACGAUCUUGUGCCCUUUGCAACUGCUGAAAAUACAUCGCAAUUGCGAAGCUACGAGCCUUUGGUUCGCUAUGUGCUUGAGAUUACUGCCCAGAAGGUAAAGGCCAUACGUGAGGAGCCCGAUUACAAACAGUUAUCCUUUAGUAAGCGUACUUUAAAACUGCUAACCGAUAUCACCAAAGUGAUCUAUGAGAGAUGCAUUCGUCGUCUGCCUGAUCUAUGGCGAGAUUUUGACCUGGAGAGCGCUGCUUUGGCAGCACACUGUUUUAUGGAAUGCAUACGUACUGCUCAUGAGACGUUUGCAAAACGCUUUAAAGAAUUUGUGAAAGGUUUUGAUAUGGCCAUUGUAAACAGAAGCAAAGAGGUGACAUAUGUGCUGCAGGGUGUGCUUGAUCAGUUCAUGAAGGAGGAAGACAGCAACGAUAAUCCUGCUGAAGCUCUCAGUACUGAUAGGAAUGGAGCCAAGUUACCUGUUUACCUAAUGGAGUCGCUGGAAAUUCUUUACGAUCACAUUGGAUAUGGCGAACGUGCGACAAUUGAUUCCUACACUUGGCUGCUUGAAUUUUGUCAAAGUUGGGAGGUGCGAAAUCCAGAAAUGGGAAUUGUGCAUCGAGUAUUAUUUGCACAACGCCAGAAAACUCAUUCAGGUUUAUUCUUUGAUGCUGUCGCCAGACAAUUGGGUCACGUUUUGGGGAAUCAGAAUGAUGAUAAUGUGAACCAAGAAUCAGAUUUGGGACUUAAAACUCUGGAUAUGAACACAACAGCAAGUUGUCUGCAGUAUAUUUAUGCAGUAGUGCAGAAGCAGCUAGAGGAUGUGGAUUAUUUUAUUAACAAGGCCAACAAUCUAAAAUAUAAAUGUAACAUUGUGCCAGAGACCGAUCGAGUCUACUAUCGAGGCAAUCUAGAGACAUUAGAAGGUUCUAUCUGCACGCAGUUGAUUUUGAUUACGCGCACACUGUUAGAACUUACAAAUGUGUGCAUACCACUCGGAAGUCACAUGGAUGGAUUAAUGAAGCUUCUAAUACAACUGUACACGUGCCUCAAGAAUCUGGCCAGACACUACCUGGUUGGCUACUCGGCAGACUCAAGCAAUGGCAUGAGUAACAAGUUUGAGCAGCUUCUACGAAAUGUAGGUAAGCCAUUGCCGGCAAACAUCUAUCAGUUGAUAUCUUAUGUGGAGUACAAUAUUCUGGACGAUCACUCAAAGGAGCCGGCAGCAAAGCGCAAACCGCAAGUAGAGCGUGCCAAAGUGCUCCGCGAAACACGUCUCAUACCCAAGGUGAUAUUGGCCAUUGAGAACUUUAACAAGCACAUCAUAUUGCUGUCGAAGAAGGCCAAGACAAAUGACCGCCUGGCAAACUAUCUGCAUUUUGGUGCAGUGCGUGACUUUAACAUCAAGUCGGGUGAUUUGAAAGCAGUUAUCGAACGCACCUAUUCGCACAGCAGUCAGAUUGAGGUGUCUGAUAGUAAUUUGGAAAAUGUGGAGGACGACGAAGAUCAGGAGGAGGAACAACAAGAACCCGCCAGCGAAGAUGAACACGCCAGCAACGUUGAAGAGUCAGCUGAGGUUGAGGAGGAGCAGCCACCGCCUCCAAAAAAGCAACAGGAAACCACUCGCAAAGCUCUGCGAAGACGACGCGUUCCCAACGAAGAUGCGGAGGAGUCGCAACCUAAACGUAGGCGUGGACGGCCCACAAAGAAAUAAGAGCGGCCUCUGUGCUCAAUCAUUGUGAGGAUGUUGGAUGGUGGAUGUAUGGUGGAUUGGGGGCACUUUUAAGAGCAAUAGCAACGCAUGUGCCUGUAUCAUCAACAUCGUCGUCAUUCGUUGCUAAAUCCAUUUAAGUUUUUAACUUGUGUUUUUAUGUACUUUUGCGCAAAUUUGAUGCCCGCACGCAAUAGAGAAACUGCGUUCCACCUUGCCACCUUUCGCAGCUCACAUGGCGAGUGGCCGACCCAUCAUUUUAUUGCACUUGAAAACUUAAUUAGGCCAAAAUGCGGUGUGAACGCCUAUAUAUAUAUUUUUUUCAGCUCUGUAUCAAGCUGUGCGAGAUUUUUAUUACAUGCAUCAAAUGUAAUUUGUUACCAAA